UAUCUGAAUUAAAAAUCUCAAAAUUAAUCCAAAAUUAUUUAAAGUAAACCAAAUGAAAACAGCUAACCGGCAGACAUAAGUUCAUAAGUAGAUAUUCAAAUGAAUAAUUUAGAAAUGUAAUUAUUAAAAAAUACUUAAAACGCAAAUACAGUCUAACCUUAUGCAAAUAAAAAAGUGCAUUAAGCUGGAUUAAAAGUGAUUGGAGCGUUAAAAGUAACUGGAAAAAAAUAAGAAAAAACAAUUAGAAAUUGGGAAUUAUUUAAAUAAGUUUUAACGGAAGAUGUAGCUAUUGACUAGGAAGUUCAAAACGAAAAAAUCGCAUUAGCAGAGGCUAUUUUGAGAGUUUAAAAAUUCGUCACAAAAGAAUAUGCUAAAGAUUUGACGAAUAAACCAGAUUUUUUUAAUACUAUUAAAAAGUUUAUUAAUUUCCUUUAAUAUGCAUCUGAUGAUUCUUCAAAUAAAUAAACUAUAAUUUCCCUUUUAUCUGUAUUAAAAAAAAUAGUUUAAACAAACGAAAAUGGAAAAAAUAAUGAAAUGAAUUAAGAAGAAUAAGUUAAACAAAAGUAAAAAAUUUAAAAUAUGUUCGAUUAGUUAGGUUCUACGAAAAUGGUUUUGACUGUCAUUUCAGAAAAUUCAAAGCAUUUAGAUAGUGAGCUUAUUAUACAUUUUAUUUCCUUUGUUAAUUGUUUACUAGAUGGGGGUAAUAAUGCUGUUUAAAAAACUAUUUAUAACUUUUUUAUAAAUUAUUAGAAAUCAGAAGUCCUUUUUUUCAAAUUUAGCUAGAUUAUCAGAAAUUAAAUUAAAAUCAUCGAAUAAAGGGCUAUUAAUAUUUAAAAUAAUGAAAACGAAGAAAAUGAAUUAGAAAAUAAAGAAUAAUUAGAUCUUUUAGAAGUAGUUUUAAAGUUCCUUCAAUUAUGUGUAGAAGGGCAUUAUCUGCCUUUAUAAAACUAUUUCUAAAAAUAAGAAAACUCCCGAAACAAUUACGAUAUGGUAAACCUAGUUGCAGAUUUACUAAAAGCUUACUAUUAUGGAGAUUGUACAUAAACAACAUAUGAUAAUAUGAUCAACUGUUUAGAUACUUUAAGUGAAUUUGUACAAGGUCCAUGUAAGGAAAAUUAAGACGCAGUUUCAGAUAGUAAAUUUUUUGAUAUUGCAAGCGACUUAUUCCUUUCCAAACCCAAAAAAUCCCUCAGAUAAAGAAAUUAGGAAUAAAUGAAUUAAGAAGAAUUAAAAAAGAACAAAAAGAAGGAAAAGAAAAUAGAUUUUAUUGAAAUAUACAGAUAAAGUAAAAAUGAACCUCUUACAAAAUGGAUGAUUGUGCGUCUUUAAAACAAAGUCCUAGUUUUGGUUUUAAGUAUUUUAGAAAGUAGGGAUAUAAAAAAUAAUUGUGAUAUUAUUAAAAGAAUUAUGAGAAAUCUGCCACUUCAUACACUCCAAAGGCACUUCAUUAAAACUUACGGGAGAUUCUUUAAAUAUAAUGCAGCAUAGUUUGAUAUUGACUCACUUCAUCAUUUAGAUAGAGAUCCGAGAAAUUUAGAUGAUCAAAAAUUUUUCCAAAAACUAUAUUCGGAGAAAAAAAGUCUUAAAUAUGUAGAUCUGUAUUUAAGUACAGUUUUAUAAAAUGGAUUUUAUAUUUAUUUCUUGAUUUCAUAAUAUGUAUUUUUUUUUUAAAUAAUAUAAAUAUAUUUUUCUCAAAAUAUAAAAAAAAAAAAAUAGAUAAAAGCUGAUUAAAACCUUCCUGGAGAAAUUGUAAGAUUAUUUCAAAAGCACGAGAAUAAAAUUUUAAACAAGAAAAAAGGAGAUAUAGAAGAUUUAUUAACUGGUGAUAAUAUCAUUGGAUAAUUAAUAUCUUUUUCUCGUUCUCUAAUUGAAUCUGUUUUAAACUACAUGUAAUAAGUACAAUAAAUGUCUGAAUAAGCCGCUAAGAAAUUAUAAAAAACAAAAAUCAGUUCUGAGGAAUAAAAACAAGAACUAGAAAAAAAAGCAACUGAAAGGAAGACUAUAUUGAAAAAAGCAGUAGAUUUUUUCGCCCAAAAUACAUCCCAUAUUGACAUUUUUAGAAACGAAUAAUUAGAACUUGUAUAUUUUAUUAGAUUACCCUUUAUAUUGUGUUUACCUAAAGAACAAAAAAUUAAUUUCCAUUAAAAAUGUGACAGAACAAAUAUUAAAUCUAAAUAAUUAGAUUUAAUAAAAGAAGCCUCAGAAAUAAUAGAAAUAUGCCGACACGAGUAUAGACUAAAAAAAUUAUUUCAAACUAAUAAAUUAUUGGCUCUUUUUGCCAAUUAUGUUAAACUAUGGAAAGAUUUAUCUUUUUUAUUUGGAUUAACACUCAACAUUAUUAUUUUUUUUUCUUUUGCAACUUCGGAAUCGUCUACUUUGUAUUAAAGAAUAAUGGAAGAUUACUAACUCUUUUAGUAAACAUAAUAUACUAGAGAAUUUACAAGAAAAGUUUUUAAUAUAUUGGGUAUAUUAAUGCUUGUGUGUAAAGUACUUUAUUAUCUAACAUAUAGUACAUUGGCUAUUAUUGCCACUUUUGUACAUCCAUUUUUCUUUACUUUCCAUUUAUCUGAAGUUCUAUUGAGAUAUCCAACACUCAAAAACGUUAUUAUGUCAAUUUAUUUGCCCAGAAGGCAGCUUUUGUUAACUUUUUUAUUGUUGGUUAUUGCUGAAUAUAUAUUUACGAUUUUUGCUUAUACUUUUUAUAAUUAGGAUUAUAUGGGGAAUUGCUCUUCUAUGUUAUAUUGCUUUUUGUUUACUUUUGAUUAGACUUUUAAAGCAAAUGGGGGAGUGGGAGGUUAUUUAGCUGAAACUACGGGCUAAAAAAAUACUGCAUAAUUUAAUUUUAGUAGAUUUUUCUUUGAUAAUUUAUCUUAGUAUGUCCUUGUGACUAUUAUGAUUAAUAUUGUGAGUGGUAUUAUUAUUGAUAAUUUUGGAAUUCUAAGAGAUAAGUAAAAUGAAAAAAAUUAAGAUAUGAAUAAUUAUUGCUUUAUUUGUGGAAUUGAAAAGUUAUCUUUAUAAAAAUUUUAAUUUAUAUAAAUAUAAAUAUUUUUAAGGACUACAUUUGAUAGAAAAUCGGACUCAGGAGCUGGAUUUUAAAAGCAUAUAAAAUUAAAUCAUUAUAUGUGGAAUUAUAUAUAUUUUAUGGCAUAUUUAGAAUGGAAAAACAAAAAUGAAUAUACAGGUAUUGAAAGUUAUGUCGAUUAAUUAUUAAAAGAUAAUGAUACUUAUUGGAUGCCAUUUAAAAAAGCAAGAGAACUAACAGAAGGGGAUGAUGAUGAUGAAUAGAUUGAUUUAACAAAAUUAAAAGAAAUUAUAAGAGAUUAAAAUAUAAUUUAAAGAGAUUUAGAUAUUAUUUAAGAAGUUGUGGAAAAAUUCAAUAAAGAAAAAAGAAAAUGA